CAUAACAACAUUUUUACUUUUGGUAUUAUGGAUCGUGAGACAAAGUUAUGGUUAGUAGUGUUAUUUUUCUUGUUUAGUGCAACAUAUUGUGUUGUUGGUGUGCCACAGGUACCUUGUCUUUUCAUUUUUGGAGAUUCUUUAUCAGAUAGUGGAAACAACAACAACCUAAAUACCGAAGCCAAAGCUAAUUUCAUGCCUUAUGGGGUUGAUUUUCCUGCCGGCCCUACGGGAAGAUUUACCAAUGGUCGCACUUCAGUUGACAUAAUCACUCAACUUUUGGGAUUUGACCAUUUUAUCCCACCCUAUGCAAAUACAAAUGGUACAGACAUAGCUCUAGGUGUUAAUUAUGCAUCAGGGGCAGCUGGAAUUCGCAACGAGACGGGAACACACAUGGGUGAAGACAUCAGCUUUGGAUUGCAAGUACAACAUCACAGGGACAUUGUUUCCCAACUCACUACGAAACUUGGAACUGACAAAGUGCAACAACAUCUUAAUAAGUGUUUAUAUUAUGUGAAUAUAGGCAACAAUGAUUACCUUAACAACUAUUUUCUGCCAGAGCAUUAUCCAUCUAAUAGUAAUUACACUACUGAACAAUAUGCUAUUGCUCUUGCCAUAGAAUACUCAACUUAUGUAAAGGAUUUGUAUGAGCUUGGAGCAAGAAAGUUUUCUUUAAUUGGAUUGAACCUUAUAGGUUGCAUUCCAUAUGAAAUUUCUACACAUGGGAAAAAUGAUUCAAUGUGUGUUCAAGAGGAGAGUCAAGCAGCACAACUUUUUAAUGAAGAACUUAAAGCCCUCGUUGAUCGUUAUAAUAAAGAAUUAGUUGGCGCCAAAUUUAUCUACGUUAACAGUGCUUUCAUGAAAUAUAGUAAUUUCAAGCUACCAGAUAGUCUGAAAUGUUGCAAAGAUAAGGAGAACGGGCUAUGUUUCCCUAAUGAGGAAUCAUGCAUAGGAAGACACUUGCAUCCAUUUUUUGAUGCAUUUCAUCCAACUGAGAAAGUUAAUUUAUUCACUGCAAGAUGUGCUUAUAGCUCUCCCAUUCCCACCUAUACAUACCCCAUGGAUAUCAGUCAACUAGUUAAGUUGUAAACAACAUCAUGCAUGGAUCUCUCUUCUCCAUUUGUACUUACUCAUCUAUUCAAACUGAGAUUGCAAUAAAUUAAGUUUACUUCUCUUUGAUUAA